AAAUAGAACUCCUAAGCCUAAAGCAAACAAUUCGCAUUGCAAAACGAUUGAUCACAACACUAUUUAAAGUUCUUCUCUCGGUUCCAUUCGAUUUUCAGCUACACAGGGCAUCAUCGACGAAGGUGAACGGCGACGACAGCUGGUACUAUGAGGACAUACAGCUGGAGCGCGGCAACUCGGGGCUGGGCUUCUCGAUUGCCGGUGGCACGGACAAUCCCCAUAUUGGCACCGACACAUCGAUCUAUAUUACGAAACUGAUACCCGGCGGCGCAGCUGCCGCCGAUGGUCGUCUGAGCAUCAAUGACAUCAUCGUAUCGGUGAACGAUGUGUCCGUGGUGGAUGUGCCGCAUGCGUCCGCCGUGGAUGCCCUGAAGAAGGCCGGCAAUAUUGUGAAGCUGCAUGUGAAACGGAAACGUGCCACCAGUGCCACAGCAGCAGCUGCAGCGCCCACAGCCGAUGCACUGGAUAGUGUUAGUGCUACGGCCAUAUCGGCGGCGUCGGCGUCAGCAUCGGCAGCGGCAGCGGCCGGGCCAAAGGUGAUCGAAAUCGAUUUGGUCAAGGGCAACAAGGGACUGGGCUUCUCGAUUGCCGGCGGCAUUGGCAAUCAGCAUAUACCCGGCGACAAUGGCAUCUACGUGACCAAGCUGAUGGACGGCGGCGCCGCCCAAGUGGACGGACGCCUAUCGAUUGGCGACAAGCUGAUUGCCGUUCGCACCAAUGGCAGUGAAAAGAACUUGGAGAAUGUCACGCACGAGCUGGCCGUGGGCACGCUCAAGUCGAUCACCGAUAAGGUGACGCUGAUUGUGGGCAAGACGCAGCAUUUAACCAGCAGUGUGUCACAGUCGGGCGGCAGUCUGGGCGGCCAGCUGGGCCAGCAGGCGCAGCACUCGCAGUCCCAAACCCAAUUGGCAGCCACACGCCAACAGCAGCAGCAGCAGCACGUGAACUCGGAAUCUGCAGAGCCUGGCUCAAGAUACGCAUCGACAAAUGUCCUGGCGGCCGUGCCACCGGGCACACCACGCGCUGUCAGCACAGAGGAUAUAACCAGAGAACCACGCACCAUUACCAUACAAAAGGGACCGCAGGGUCUGGGCUUCAAUAUAGUCGGCGGCGAGGAUGGGCAGGGUAUUUACGUAUCAUUCAUAUUGGCCGGCGGUCCGGCCGAUCUGGGCUCCGAGCUGAAGCGCGGCGAUCAGCUGCUCAGUGUGAACAACGUGAAUUUGACGCAUGCCACACACGAGGAGGCGGCACAGGCACUCAAAACAUCUGGCGGCGUGGUCACUCUGGUUGCUCAGUAUCGUCCAGAGGACUACAAUCGCUUCGAGGCACGCAUUCAGGAGCUGAAGCAACAGGCGGCGCUUAGCGCCGGCGGCUCGGGCACCCUGCUGCGCACCACACAGAAGCGAUCGCUCUAUGUGCGCGCUCUGUUCGACUAUGAUCCGAAUCGCGAUGACGGUUUGCCAUCGCGCGGCCUGCCCUUCAAGCACGGUGACAUCCUGCACGUGACCAAUGCCUCCGACGACGAAUGGUGGCAGGCACGCCGUGUGCUCGGCGACAAUGAGGACGAGCAAAUCGGCAUUGUGCCAUCGAAGCGGCGCUGGGAGCGUAAAAUGCGUGCACGUGAUCGCAGCGUCAAGUUCCAGGGACAUGCGGCAGCUAACAAUAAUCUAGAUAAGCAAUCAACUUUGGAUCGCAAAAAGAAGAAUUUUACGUUCUCACGCAAGUUCCCCUUCAUGAAGAGUCGCGAUGAGAAGAACGAAGAUGGCAGCGAUCAAGAGCCGAACGGAUUUGUAAACAGCAACAGUGAAAUCGAUGUUAACAAUGUUAAUAAUAAUCAAGCGAAUGAGCCCCAGCCUUUUAUGCUUUGCUACACACAAGACGAUGCCAACGCUGAAGGAGGCGAGAUUAUCUACAGAGUGGAAUUACCCGAUAUGGAGCAGAUAACUUUAAUCUACUUGGAGAAUAACGAUGCUGACUAUCCUUCCGAGGAGAACGUGCUGUCCUAUGAGGCCGUGCAGCGUUUGUCCAUUAACUAUACGCGUCCCGUUAUAAUACUGGGACCGCUCAAGGAUCGCAUCAACGACGAUUUGAUAUCUGAAUACCCGGACAAAUUCGGAUCAUGUGUGCCACAUACCACACGACCAAAGCGCGAAUAUGAGGUCGAUGGCCGGGACUAUCAUUUUGUGUCGUCGCGCGAACAAAUGGAGCGCGAUAUACAGAACCAUCUGUUUAUCGAGGCUGGCCAAUACAAUGACAAUCUGUAUGGCACCUCGGUGGCCAGCGUGCGCGAGGUGGCCGAGCGGGGCAAGCAUUGCAUAUUGGAUGUGUCGGGCAAUGCAAUCAAGCGCCUGCAAGUGGCGCAACUCUAUCCGGUUGCUGUGUUCAUAAAGCCCAAGUCUGUCGACUCGGUGAUGGAAAUGAAUCGUCGCAUGACCGAGGAGCAGGCAAAGAAAACAUAUGAGCGCGCCAUUAAGAUGGAGCAAGAAUUCGGCGAAUACUUUACGGGCGUUGUACAAGGCGACACGAUCGAGGAAAUAUAUAGCAAAGUGAAAUCAAUGAUUUGGUCACAAUCGGGACCAACCAUUUGGGUACCAUCGAAGGAAUCUCUAUGACCAACAGCCACAACAACAUGGACACUGCCGCCUCGAGUACGUUGUCGACCUGUGUCGAGAACACCAACAACAACAACAACAUCAGCAGCAACAGCAGCAGCAGCAGCAGCAACAAAUCAGCCGCAACAAAAAACGUCACAUUGAUGCACCAACGCAACGACCACGAUGA